GGCUAUCAACGUUUUCAGAGCCUCGCCGCGCAUCCCAACGUUUUCCUCAUUUUCUUUGCUUCUCUUCUUCGUUAGAUAUGGAUACUACUGCAGGUCAAAGUCUUUAUCCAUUGCACCGUUGUAAAACUCUUCACCUGGUUAGACAUGCCCAAGGAUUCCACAACGCAUACUUGUCUGAUGAUCUUUUUGAUGCAAACCUAACCCCUUUUGGCUGGAAGCAGGUUGAUAAUCUGAGAGAACGUGUUAAGUUAAGCGGUCUUUCCAAAAGAAUUGAACUAGUUAUUGCUUCCCCCUUGUUAAGGACCAUGCAAACAGCAGUUGGAGUCUUUGGUGGUGAAGCAUACUCUGAUGGGAUUAAUGUACCUCCUCUGAUGAAUGACAAUGUGGGAGAUAGUGGUCGCCGUGCAAUUUCUAGUCUGAAUUCCCCACCAUUUAUAGCAGUAGAGCUUUGCCGAGAGCAUGUGGGGGUGCUUCCUUGUGAUAAGAGAAGAAGCAUAACCGAGUACAAAAAGAUGUUUCCAGCAAUUAAUUUUUCACUGAUAGAAAGUGAUGAAGACAUUUUGUGGAAACCUGACAUUAGAGAGAAGAAUGAAGAAGUUGCUGCCAGGGGGCUGAAAUUUUUGGAAUGGUUGUGGACGCGUAAAGAAAAGGAGAUAGCUGUUGUUAGCCACGGCGGUUUUCUGCUUCAUACCCUAAGUGCUUUUGGAAAUGGUUGCCAUCCAACUGUGAAGAGUGAAAUCUGCACACCCUUUGCUAAUUGUGGGCUACGUUCAGUGGUUGUCGUUGAUAGAAGUAUGAUUGGAUCAGAUGAGUCCUCUACCAACUAUCCUGGCAAAAUUCCACACGGCCUUGACCUUCCUAGCGAUGUUGCUGACGAGAAACUUCCUGGGAAUGGGCACUCUAAGUAAUAGUUCCCUGCGUAAUAACUGACAACUCAUAAUGAUAUCUCCCUAAGCACAGAAUUGUGGACCAGGACAAUAUGGGACAAAAUCGAGAAGAGAGGAAAGUCAGUGCAGUUUGAAGGAAGAUUAGACAAUCAAUGUUUUCUACCGAAAAAAAAAAAAAAAAUCAUUAAGCAGGUAAGCCACUAGUUCAAUGAGGUAAUUUCAAUAACUGUACCAAUAAGCUACAUCCUAUUAAAAUGUGGCAUAAUAGUACAUUGCAUUUCCGAUAUAUCACUUCAUUCUAUAAACCCAUGAGAAGGUGUACCAUCAACUAACCAUAUUUCAUGGCAGAUAUUACCAAAAUAAAUGUCAAACUUAAGACAGCCCUUGAAUAAAAGAACAUAAGUUUCAUCGAAAAAUAAUGAAU